CAGUCUCUCUCAUUCUCUCUCUUUCUCUAUGAGACACACACAUACACAAGCAUUCAUUGCUGAAUGCUGAUUUUAGCCUUGUAGUUCUUGGUUCUUCUUGUUCAUCUUCUGGUUUAAUACCCACCAUUGAUUACAACAGGAGAGAUUCAAGGGGAAAAAAAAAACUCAUUCUGAUUAGUGGAUAAGACCCUUCUUAAUCCUCUCCAAUAUUUAAGAAAAAUUCUCAAUCAGAGAGAGACCUAAUCUUUCCGAGAAAAUUUUUUUUUACCCACUAAAUCUGGGCCUAAUCUUUCAAAUUAGCUACUGAUCUCCACUAUACCCUCUCUCCUACAAAAUUAAACACGUUUCCUUUUUUUUUUUUUGAAGGGGUUCUGUUCAGUUUUGCUUUUCUUUUUUUUUUUUCCUUGAACCCAACCAGCUUUCAAAUUCCAAGCUCAAGUUCUAUAUAUAAUUUAUAUAAUUGAAUUUGUUAUUUUAUAUGUACAUAUAUAUAUAGGGUGGUAGCAGUAGUAGAAGACGUAGUAGUAGAAAUAGUUGGCAAUUGGUGUUGUUCUUGUUCAUGGACUGCUUGAGAGAAAUAGAAGGUAAACAAGCUCAUGAUCCUAUAUUCAUUGAAAAAAUGAAUAAAUCUUCAACACGCUGUGUAUGCGUCCCUGGUCCGGUGAUCGUCGGGGCAGGGCCGUCGGGGUUAGCGGUGGCGGCUUGCUUAAAAGAAAGAGGUGUCCCUAGUACAGUGAUAGAGAGAUCCAACUGCAUAGCAUCUUUAUGGCAGCUAAAGACUUAUGAUCGCCUUCGGCUUCACUUGCCAAAGCAAUUUUGCGAGCUUCCUCUCAUGGGAUUCCCUACUGAAUUUCCAACUUACCCUACUAAGCAACAGUUUAUUGACUACUUGGAGAAAUAUGCAGACAAGUUUGAUAUUAGGCCACGGUUUAAUGAGACUGUAUCACACGCAGAAUUUGAUCAAGUUCUUGGGUUUUGGCGCGUGAGGACUGUGGGGCCAAAGGUGGAGGAGACGGAGUAUGUAUGCCGGUGGUUGGUAGUGGCGACCGGAGAGAAUGCAGAGGCGGUGGUGCCAGAUAUUGAAGGAAUGGGAGAAUUUGGAGGUGAUAUAAGGCAUACAAGUUUGUAUAGAAGUGGAGAAGAGUUUACAGGGAAAAGGGUUUUGGUUGUUGGAUGUGGGAAUUCAGGAAUGGAGGUUUGUUUAGAUCUAUGCAAUCAUAGUGCCAGGCCUUCACUUGUGGUCAGAGAUUCAGUGCAUAUUCUACCGAGAGAGAUGCUUGGAAAAUCAACCUUCGGGCUGUCGAUGUGGUUGCUAAAGUGGCUGCCCAUGAGACUUGUGGAUCGGUUCUUGCUGGUAGUGUCGAGGGUGAUGGUCGGAGAUACGGCGAGAUUGGGAUUGGAGCGGCCGCAAUUGGGACCCCUUGAACUGAAGAACUUGUCUGGGAAGACCCCAGUAUUAGAUGUUGGGACACUGGCCAGGAUCAAAAGUGGAGACGUUAAGGUGUGUCCAGGCGUUAAGAGGCUGAAACGACAUGGUGUAGAGUUUGUUAAUGGGAAAAUGGAGAACUUCGAUGCCAUUAUCUUAGCAACAGGUUACAAAAGCAAUGUACCAUCUUGGCUAAAGGAAGGAGACAUGUUCUCGGAGAAAGAUGGGUUGCCAAGAAGGCCAUUUCCAAAUGGGUGGAAAGGUGAGUGUGGGCUAUAUGCAGUGGGGUUCACAAAACGUGGAAUUCUUGGUGCUUCAAUGGAUGCCAAGAGAAUAGCUGAAGAUAUUGAAAGAUGUUGGAAAGCAGAAGCUAAACAUUCUAUGGCCUUCGCUAGAUCACUUCUGCCUCAAUCAUCACCCUAAAAAAUUUUUGCUUUUUCACUUCUAUAUAUAUCCAUAAAAAAAGAAGAUUUCUUUUGGAGAAUUAUAGGAGAUUGGAGGGUUUUUCUUCUAUGGUGCUAAUUUACACAAUGUUGGCACCAAAGUUAGUGCUUCUCCAAUAGAGGAAAUGAACAGAAAAACCAAAAAAGAAAAAAAAAAAAAGGCAUAUAAAGGCUGAGAGUUAGUUGGGGGAAGCUGAAGCCUUAUCUUUUCAAAAUGACACCAGCCUGAAGGCCGGUCGGGAAGGAGGAAGAAAAAAAAAAAUUUUUUUUUUUGAGAAGAAAAAAAGGGCUUGGUGUGGCUUUGUGGGGGACCUCAGCUAUUGUGUACAUCUUGUACAUUACCAUUUUUCUCUAAUUAGGUAUGACUUUUUAGUGAAGCAAAAGAGAGAAGGAAGUGGUAGGUUGUUUGGUAUUUGUUUGCUAAGUGAUCUAUGAUUGUGCUUUAACCUUUUCAAUUUCAUCAUCUUCCAUGGGCUGAAUAUAUAACUUUCUCAUGUUUUUUCCC